CAAAAUAUAGAGCUAUUUCAAGUACGGAACUGGUGACCAGCUGAAAUGUAAAAAUGGCGUUGCUUUUAAAAUUAGGAAAAUUAAAAUCAGAAAAAUGCACUCAAAAAGCAAUAGAUAUUACUUUAGACGGAAUUCUCCUUGAAUCGGAUAGAGGUAAAUUAUUAUCUGAAUUCGUCUAUCAUCUACUUUACGUUCGAGAGCAAAUAUCUAUGCCACAUACUCAACUGCUGAAGAUGCCGGAUAAGAAUACCGAAAGUAAGAAGCUAAACAUAAAGAGAGAACAUAUUAAAAUUGCUGCAAAUUCAUUACAACGUCUAGGAUCUUAUUUAGAUAAAUUAUUUAUUCAUAGUUGUCAUAUAAGCUCAGUAGCUAUACUACUUGGAUCAUCACCUAACUUUUGCAACGAAUGCUUUGUUGUUAACUUUCCUAUCGACUUUUUCGAAGGACACGUUUUACCGGCAACAAAAUCCCGUAUGGAGUUUUUUAAAUCGCUUUUCCAACAAGAUUUUCUAAACGGAGCUAUACAACCAAAGAGAAAACAAAGAAUGUUUAUUUUCAUAAAAGUGCCGCCUGCAAGCAAAUUUUCAUCUGAUAUUAGAGAUAGUCUUAUAUUUAAACAAAAUUUUAAAUUACCUACAAAAGGAAAUGUUCUUUAUAAUGUCAACAUUAAAUGUAAUGCUACUAUUGGAGAAAAUGUUAGCUUUUCUAAAAGAUUCGAUCUGAACAUUUCCGGUGUGGAACCUUUCGAACAACCAGAAAUUGUUGAACAAACGUCCAGACCAGACGAUAAUUGCAAAAUUGAUGAAUGGUAUCAAAUAGAUCAUUUUUUUCAAGGAUAUUUUGACAAGUCCUUAAAUUUAUCUACUGGUAAAUUUGCACGAUUCUCCGACGGUUGUGCAGUUGGAAAUGUUGGUAAUACAUCAGUAAUGGUCACUACAGUAAGCAGAAAACAAGCUUCAAAGUUAUCUUUCAUGCCCCUAACAGUGGAUUAUCGUCAAAAAACUGCUGCAGCUGGAAGAAUUCCAACUAAUUUUUUAAGAAGAGAUUUGGCACCAAGCGAAAAAGAAAUAUUAAUAAGCAGACUUAUUGAUCGAUCGAUUCGGCCUCUAUUUCCAAAUAAUUUCUUUUACGAAACUCAAGUUAUGUGUAAUCUAUUAGCCGUUGAUCACGAUCACGAUCCAGAUGUUAUAAGUAUAAAUGCAGCUUCGGCAGCAUUAGCCUUAUCUGAUAUUCCCUGGGACGGACCAAUCGGUUCAACAAGAGUUGGAGUGAUAAAUAAUGAAAUAGUUCUAAAUCCUACAAGAAAACAAUUGAAAUCAAGUAAUUUAAAUCUAGUUGUUACUGCUGCAAAAGAUUCUAAAGUUGUUAUGAUAGAGGGUAGCGCCGAAAAUAUUGACCAGCAAACCAUUCAGCAUGCAAUAAAAAAAGGCGUUAAAUCAUCUCAAUCAAUAAUUAAUUCUAUUAAUCAACUAUGCCAGAAAUGUGGUAAACCGAAAAGAGAGAUAAUUGAAGAGAAAUUAAUGGAAACUCAAGAGUUUACAGAUGAGAUAAAACAGAAAAUGAAUGAAUUAGCAAAUGAAAAAAUAAGACAAGUCUUAACAAACUUUGAACAUCACAAAUUCUCAAGAGACAACGCCUUAAGCGAAAUACGUCAAAAUGUUUCAGAGACUUUAUUAGCUGUUUAUCCUGAUUUAUCGCCGUCUAAAAUUCAAGAAGAACUGAAUAAUUUAGUAAAAGCCAUAUUUAGGUCAUUAAUAUUCGAAACAAAUAUAAGAUGCGAUGGACGUGGUCUUGACGAUUUAAGAAAUAUAUCUUGCGAAACUGGUUUAUAUAACCCUUUACACGGUUCAGCAUUAUUUCAAAGAGGUCAAACUCAGGUUCUGUGUACACUAACCUUUGAUUCUCCCUUGUCUGCGGCAAAGAUUGAUACUAUUUCCGCUUUGACAGAGGGAAUUAAGGAAAAGAAUUUUUUUCUUCAUUAUGAAUUUCCUCCAUAUGCUACGAACGAGGUUGGAAGGUUAAAUUGGGGAAGGAGAGAAAUUGGACAUGGCGCUUUAGCAGAAAGAGCGUUGAGACCGCUCAUUCCGUCAAAUUUUCCUUUCACCUUAAGAUUAUCUGCAGAAGUACUUGAAUCUAAUGGAUCCUCCUCUAUGGCUUCGGUUUGCGCUGGAAGUCUUGCAUUGUAUGAUGCUGGAGUCCCUAUCGACGAAGCAGCAGCAGGAGUUGCUAUUGGACUUAUGACAAAGGAUGAUGAUUAUAGAGUUCUAACAGAUUUAUUGGGUAUUGAAGAUUACAUGGGUGAUAUGGACUUUAAAUUAGCUGGCACAAAGCAGGGUGUUACGGCAAUACAAGCCGAUAUUAAAAUUCCAGGAGUGCCUUUGAAAAUUAUGAUGGAAGCCAUCCAAAAAGGAAUGCAGGCAAAGAAGAAAAUUUUAGAUAAAAUGAAUGCUGUAUUACCAAAUCCAAGCGAACCAAAAUCAAAUAGACCAGUCGUAGAAGAAAUCGAAGUUCCACUCCAAAAAAGAGCGAAAUUUCUUGGAGCUGGAGGCUUUAAUCUUAAAAGGAUAUUACUUGAUACAGGAGUUUCAAUCACGCAAAUCGACGAUACUAAAUUUAAUAUAUUCGCUCCAAAUUCUGAUAGUUUCAAUGAAGCUAGAGAAAAAAUUGAUGAAUUGUUGCAAGAUGAGAAAGAGAUUACACUAGAGUUCGGAGCAAUUUAUGACGCUUCUAUUGUUGAAAUAAGAGAUUACGGCGUUAUGGUUAAAUUAUACGAAACUAUGCAACCAUCUUUAAUACAUGUAUCGCAAUUGGAUCAAAAAAGAGUUCAGCAUCCAUCGGCUCUCGGUCUAGAAGUUGGACAAGAGAUUAAAGUUAAAUAUUUCGGAAGAGAUCCAGCCGAUGGCAAAAUGCGUUUAUCCCGUAAAGUUUUACAAACGACAAAUCCAGUUGCUAGAUCAACUUUAAAAAAAUAA